GUCGCGCGCCCGCGCUCCUCCGCUCAGUCCUCGUCCUCCCGCGCCGGCCGGCCGGGCCCGCGAUGUGGCAGCAGCCGCCGCCGCCGCCGCCUCCCCCGCCGCUGCUGUCAUCGCCCAUGGAGGCCGAGCGGGCCCCGCCGGCCCGGGCGCCGCCGCCGCCUCAGGCCCUGGCCGCGGGGGGAGACCAGCCGCUGCCGCCGAGCGGGGCCGCCGCCGCCGCCAACACGGCGGGCAGCGGCGGGCCCGAGCUGAGCCUGCCGGGCAUCCUGCACUUCAUCCAGCACGAGUGGGCGCGCUUCGAGGCCGAGAAGAGCCGCUGGGAGGCCGAGCGGGCCGAGCUGCAGGCCCAAGUGGCUUUCCUGCAGGGGGAAAGGAAGGGGCAGGAGAACUUGAAGGCCGACCUUGUGCGGAGAAUCAAGAUGCUGGAGUAUGCGUUGAAGCAAGAAAGGUCAAAAUACCACAAGUUGAAAUUUGGCACGGAGCUGAACCAGGGAGAAAAGAAACCGGAGCUUACCUCUGAACCAGUGUCCAACGGGCCAGCCGAGCUCCUUUCCCUGGAAAACAGCCCGUUCAUCUGGAAAGAAGGACGCCAACUCCUCCGCCAGUAUUUGGAAGAAGUGGGCUACACGGACACCAUCCUGGACAUGCGCUCCAAGCGGGUUCGCUCGUUGCUGGGUCGCUGCUCCGUGGAGCUGAACGGAGCCCCCAAAGCCAGCGGCCUGGGGACCGGACCAGCCCUGGGGGCCACCAGCCUGAACGGAGGCGAAUCGCUUCUGGUCAAGCAGAUUGAGGAGCAGAUCAAAAGAAACGCUGGGAAGGAGGCGACGGACCGGAUCAGCCACACCGUCAUGGAGAAGAUCCCCUUUUUGAGGGGCUGCGAGGACGACGACAGCGACGAAGAGGAAGAUUUGGAAGGCCUGUCCCUGGAAACACAGCGCCAGCACAAGAAGCAGCGCGUAAAGCUCGCCAGCAAGCCCCCCAUGCCCGAAGUGGAGGACGAAGAUGACGAUGAAGAUUCGGAGGAUGCCCUGAGCGAGUUUCACUUCUUGGGCUCCGGGGAAAACGGGGAAGGGUCUGGUGACAGCCGGUGUGCUGGAGAUGGCAAUGAGCUGGGGCCCCGCCGGGUGAAGCUGCAAGGGAUGCUGGCUGAUCUCCGCAACGUGGAUGGACUCUCUCCUAAGCCUUCCAUCCCGUCAGCCAUGACUUCCCAGCCCAGAUCCCACGAAGGGUCGCUGGGCUUCUCCUCAGACGUCUUUAUCAUGGACACCAUCGGAGGGGGGGAGGUCAGCUUGGGCGACCUUGCCGACCUGACCGUCACCAACGACAAUGAGCUGAGCUGCGAUCUCUCGGACAGCAAAGAUGCUUUUAAGAAGACGUGGAACCCCAAAUUCACCCUGAGGAGUCACUACGAUGGCAUUCGAGCCCUGGUCUUCCACCACCGGGAGUCGGCUUUGGUCACGGCCUCGGAAGAUGGCACUCUGAAGCUGUGGAACCUUCAGAAGACCGUGGCUGCCAAAAAGAACGCCGCUUUGGAUGUGGAACCGGUCUACGCAUUCAGAGGACACAGGGGCCCGGUGCUCUCUGUGGCCAUGGGUUGCAACAGCGAAUCCUGCUACAGCGGUGGAUCGGAUGCGAGGAUCCGCUGCUGGAAGAUCCCCGAUUUGGGCAUGGAUCCUUACGACGGCUACGAUCCGAGUGUGCUCCACACUGUCCUGGACGGCCACACGGAUGCCGUCUGGAGCCUGGCGUUCAGUCUCUCCAGGAACCGCUUGGCCUCCUGCUCGGCGGACGGCACUGUGAGGAUAUGGGACCCCUGCAGCGGCUCCUGUCUCAGCACCUACAAUGCGGAGAGCGAAAAUGGGAGCCCCACCUCCGUCGCCUUCUCCAGCACCGAUGCCACGCGGGUGGUGGCGGCUUUCCAGACGGGCAGGGCGCUGCUCUACGACGUGGAGGCUUCCUGCCCUGUCCUGGCGUUCGAGAGCAGACCUGCCCCUGGCGCCAGUCAGAUCAACCAGGUGGUGAGCCACCCCACCCAGUCCAUCACGAUCACCGCGCACGACGACCGAGGGAUCCGUUUCCUAGACAAUCGGACAGGAAAAGUCGUGCACUCUAUGGUGGCCCACCUGGAUGCGGUUACCUGCCUCGCCGUGGAUCCCAACGGAGUCUUCCUCAUGUCAGGAAGCCACGACUGUUCGCUGCGGCUGUGGAACCUGGAUAACAAGACCUGCACGCAGGAGAUCACGGCUCACCGCAAGAAGCACGAGGAAGCCAUUCACGACGUGGCCUUCCACCCCAGCAAGGCCCUGAUCGCCAGCGCGGGCGCCGAUGCCCUGGCCAAGGUCUUCAUCUGAAGGGGAGGCAGGCCGGCAGGAUUCCUGGCUCUUCCGCUGCCUUCUUUCUCCGGCCCGGUAGCGGUGCUACGACGGCGCGUCCCUCACCUGCCGGGACCCCUCCCUGUCUCCCCUGAGCUCGGGACCAAUGCCUGCUGGACAGCACGAGGGGCCAGCCACGGCUCCUUCCUCGAACUCAGAGCUCACCUUCUUCACCAGCACUGAAAUCUCUGUUUUUCCACUCAUUUCAUGGCCCCUGUGGUUUUUAUUUCCCAGCUCAGGGAGUGGAAAAAAAAAACAUUUCCUCCCCCCCCCCCAUUCCAGUAGCUUGAGGAGGGGCAUCUGGACUUCCCCACACACGAAACCUCUGCCUCCUUGGGAAAGGGAGGGGCAUUUCAGUCUCUCCCCUUCUCAGCUCAGUUGGCCAAGGACAUUUUUUUCAAAGGUUUUGAGCCGGUUUGAUGCCGCACAGACUCUUUCCCGAAGGUGGACAAAAUGCGAACAGGCCGUUGACUCGUCCUCCGGCCCCACAGCGGGGGCUUCGGGGCUCAAGAGCCGGAAGGAAAUCAAGUGCCAACGUUUGCUCCUUCUGAGCCACGGGGAUCCCCUCGUUCUGCCUCUCCUCCACCUCUUCAGCCCCUCCGGAUUUGCACCCCUGGGGAACGCCUCGCUCAGCGGCAGCGAUCUUGGGAAGAGGAGACGGGGUGUCAUUCUCUUCCAACCCCCUGCACCCCCAUUUCCCAGGCAGGCAUCCUGCAAGAGGCUGAAGAUCUGGGCGGGGGUCUCCUCUGCUUUUGCCGUUAUUCUAAAGCAGGGGUCUGCAAACCUGGCCCCUUUCAGACUGGUAGACUUCAACUCCCAGAAUUCCCCAGCCACCGAAGAAUUCUGGGAGUUGAAGUCCACAAGUCUUAAAAAGGGGCCACGUUUGGAGACCCCCGUUCUGAAGGGGGCAGGUAAGAGAAGGGGUCCAGAAGGAGGGGAGCAGGAUUGACCAGCCAACCAGCCCAUGCUGGUCUCCCCUGCUAGUGACGAAACAUCCCGGCUUCUUCCCCUCCUUGCUGGCGGUGGGCUUUGUGGGCAGGAGAAGGGGGCUCUGAGCAUGUGAUGAAUAAGGGGGUGAUGAGGAGGGUGAAAAGUUUGGGGAAAGAACAUUGAGAGGGAGGGGAGGGGAUUGUAAAAGUGGCUGGAUGGCCUCGUCCUGGGCUAAGAGGAAGGGGUGCUUGCUUCUAAGCGGGUGGGUGGGCUGCAUGCCUGCAGAAGGUCUGGCAGCCACCAGAUUUGACGCCUGGAAGCCAGCAAUCCACGGUGUUUCUCAGUUUUGGCCACUUUCACACACGUGGACUUGGAGUCCCACUGGCUGGGGAAUUCUGGGAGUCGAAGUCCACGUGUGUUAACGUUGGUAAGCUUGAGAAACUAUGUAAUAAUGUUCCCAUUGCCUCUUCUUUCAAAGCCACUGACGUCCAGGGCCCCCCUUCAGUUGCCCAGCUUGCCUGGAGGGUCCUUUCUAGCAAUAAAGCCCCCCUCCCUCCCUCUUAAGAUUCUUGCUUCUGCUGUCCUCUGUCUAACUCGGUCGGAGGGGGGGCAAGUUUUUGCUCCAAGCAAGGAAACUGGCAGGCCUGGUGACCGUUUAAAGCAAGAUGCACGUUUCCCCCCAUGGGAGACUUUAUUAGAGAGGGGGCAUUAUUUGGGGGGCCGAUCCAUACACUAUAAGAUGACUUUCUUUAAACCUGGGGCUGUCGGGAAAGACUCCAGGUUGGAGAUAGGUUUAUUUUCUCACCUGGUCGCUAAAUAUGUCAGUUUGGCAACCAGGUUUAAUCCAAGGUUCGGAAAGAAACGAAGGCAGCUUGUAGAUUCAAGGAUGGGGAAGGGGCGCCCCCCAUUUUCUGUAGCACAUCUGCUCUGUUGCCCCAAAUCAGCCACACACUAAGCUGGGGUAGGCAGCUAAGAGCCUCUACCCUUUUUCCUGGCCUGGGAAACCUAUGAAAAGAGACCCAGGCGGUUCUUCAAAGCGCUGGCAUACAUCUACGCAAUUUUGGUCAUAUCUGCAGCGAGGGGUCCCAAAAGUCAAGGGAGCGAGCACCACCAGGAAUCAAAACCCUGUCCCUUUUUUUAAAUGCACAUCAAUGGGCUUUGAUUUCCCAACUCUGACCUCCGUCUUGCCCUUAUAAGCCCCACCCCUCCCUCCCUAUAAAUAUCACCCAAGCUGUUUGGAAAGACACCCCCCCUCCCUGCAGUUGGAAGUAAGUUUUAGAAAGAAAAGAAAAAAACCACGCCAGUUUGGGUUUCACUUUUUAGAUGUUUUAUCUCUUUUCGUUCGGGGUGGGUAUUUGGGUCUUCCUGGUUUGUUUUUUAUAUAUUCUGUACAGUUGAGAAAAAUAAGGUUUGAAAAGAAAAAAUGCCCCCCCCCCAGCACUCCGAAGGGCUGAUCCUGAAAUAACCACAACCUCAUUAUCACUGUGUGAUAGUUUCUACGCACCAACCCGGUCUUUUUUUAAAAGGAAAAAACGUCCCAUUUGAACUCGGGCCCGGGGGUGGGAGAGGGAGGGGCUGACUUCAGAGGCAAGAAGCAGCCGUGUCAUGCACACCCCAAAUCCACCCCCCCCCGAGACUCACUACUGGCCUCUCCCCCCACGCCCCUUUUUCUCCCAUUCACCCCUCCUCCCCGUGGGGCUCAUCGAUAUGAACCGAGCACGCCUGCUUGCUUUUUUUUUUUUUUUUUAAAUGCCAAUUUAGCUUUCUCCUAUAUUUAUUUGAACUUUCUUGUCUUUAUAAUUUGGGGCCUUGUUUUAAUCCGAAAACUGAACUGUAUGUGGCACAAAAAAAAAAAAAAAAGG